AUGUCCUACGGGAGCGAGACGCCGCACGUCUGGAGUAGCUCAGCCGGCAGCGAGGUGUCUCCGUAUGGGCCGCUGUGGGACGCGCCGCCUGCGCCCGUGCCAUACCCCGACAUCCUGGCUUUCCCGCCUGCCGAUCUCGUAUGGUCUGCGGCGGGGUGCGGUCGCGGCGGCGCGCGCGUCCCUCCAGGCGGGAAAAAGCCGCGCAGGCGCGUCGCGUCUGUCGCGCAGCGUCGCGCCGCUAACAUCCGCGAGAGACGGCGCAUGUUCAACCUUAACGAGGCCUUCGACAAGUUGCGACGAAAGGUACCAACAUUCGCAUACGAGAAGCGACUCUCGCGCAUCGAGACUCUCCGGCUAGCCAUCACAUACAUCAGCUUUAUGUGUGAGCUGCUGCACGGCUCACCACCAGGGCCGCCGGCGCCCCAUCCCCAACGGCAUGUCUUCAGCGACGUUCCUUGGUGUGCUUAG